CUCCCCCAGGAAGCUAUGCCCCAGACGGCCGUGGUCUUCUCCAGCAUCCUCGGGCCCAGCUGUAGUGGACAGGUGCAGCCCAGCAUGGGAGAGCGGGGCGGUGGGGCUGGCGGUGGCUCCGGGGAGCUCAUCUUCCAAGACGGACGCCUCAUCUCUGGGUCCCUGGAGGCCCUCAUGGAACACCUCGUGCCCACAGUGGACUACUAUCCUGAUAGGACCUACAUCUUCACGUUCCUGCUGAGCUCCCGGGUCUUCAUGCCGCCUCACGACCUGCUGGCCCGCGUCGGGCAGAUCUGCCUGGAGCAGAGGCAGAGGCUGGAGGCCGGGCCGGAGAAGGCCAAGCUCAAGUCCUUCUCGGCCAAGGUGGUGCAGCUGCUGAAGGAGUGGACGGAGGCCUUCCCCUACGACUUCCAGGAUGAGAAGGCCAUGGCCGAGUUGAAGGCCAUCACACACCGUGUCACCCAGUGUGACGAGGACAAUGGCACCGUAAAGAAGGCCAUUGCGCAAAUGACACAGAGCCUGCUGCUGUCCCUGGCUGCCCGGAGCCAACUCCAGGAGCUGCGGGAGAAGCUCCGGCCGCCAGCCACCGACAAAGCGCCCGUUCUCAAGGCCAAGCCACCUGCUGCCCAGAAGGACAUUCUGGGCGUGUGCUGUGACCCCCUGGUGCUGGCCCAGCAGCUGACCCACAUCGAGCUGGAACGGGUCAGCAGCAUCCACCCUGAGGACCUGAUGCAGAUCAUCAGCCACAUGGACUCCCGGGACAACCAUCGGUGCCGAGGGGACCUGACCAAGACCUACAGCCUGGAGGCCUAUGACAACUGGUUCAACUGCCUGAGCAUGCUGGUUGCCACCGAGGUGUGCCGGGUGGUAAAGAAGAAGCACCGUACCCGUAUGUUGGAGUUCUUUAUCGACGUGGCCCGCGAGUGCUUCAACAUCGGCAACUUCAACUCCAUGAUGGCCAUCAUCUCUGGCAUGAACCUCAGUCCAGUGGCACGGCUGAAGAAGACAUGGUCCAAAGUCAAGACGGCCAAGUUUGACGUCUUGGAGCACCACAUGGACCCGUCCAGCAACUUCUGCAAUUACCGCACUGCCCUGCAGGGGGCCACGCAGAGGUCCCAGACGGCCAACAGCAGCAGGGAGAAGAUUGUCAUCCCCGUGUUCAACCUCUUCGUCAAGGACAUCUACUUCCUGCAUAAGAUCCACACCAACCACCUGCCCAACGGCCACAUCAACUUCAAGAAGUUCUGGGAGAUCUCCAGGCAGAUCCACGAGUUCAUGACAUGGACACAGGUAGAGUGCCCCUUCGAGAAGGACAAGAAGAUUCAGAGUUACCUGCUCACGGCACCUGUCUACAGUGAGGAAGGUCUCUUCAUUGCCUCGUUUGAGAGUGAAGGCCCUGACAACCACAUGGAAAAGGACAGCUGGAAGACCCUCAGGACGACCCUGCUCAACCGGGCUUGAGGACACCAGCGGCUGCAGACGCGGGACCACCGGUCCGUGAACUACUGAGUUCUCCUCUGGGUGGCUGGGGGUUGAGAUGAGUGGCCUCACUGGUUGGGGUCCAUUUUGUACAUAACUUUUAUGGAGAAACCAAUGGUAAUUAUUUCACGCAUCAGCCUUUGGCACUGAAACAUUUUUUUUCUUCUUCUUCUUUUUGUUUGUUUUCUUUUAAACAACAGGGCAGGGCCCUGCUUGGGGGAAGGGCGGGGAAAGAGUAUCAUGGGAGAUGGUGUCCAUGAUAAGCUCUUAUUCUAAUGAGAUGUAGAUUUUUAUUUUCUACUUUUGAUGCUUCACAUCUUACGAAGAAAAAGAAAACAA